ACGACUGAUAAACCCACACUACAUUCGAGCUAGAAAGCGCGUAAUCGUGAUUCGUGCAUCGUACGGCUUUUAUUUUGUCUUAGCCAUAUUUUGAUUGACGUCGUGUCAAAAACGUCACUACGCCGGAAGUGUUGGAAAGAUUAAAAUCCUCUUGAGUGACAGCAGCCGUUUGGUACAUUGUAUUUUUUGUCUUUCUGUAGGGAUGGAGGUGACACGAACAAAUUUCAAAGACAGUUUAAGCACUGUGUACAGCGCAAUAGAGGAAGCAGACUUUCUCGCAAUCGAUGGGGAAUUUUCAGGUAUUAGCGAUGGGCCCAACGUCAGCGCACUGACUAACGGGUUGGACACGCCAGAGGAGCGCUACAUGAAGCUAAAAAAGCACUCCAUGGACUUCUUGCUGUUUCAGUUUGGACUGUGUACGUUCACAUAUGACCAGGCAGAGUCCAAGUACGUCAUCAAGACUUUUAAUUUUUAUAUAUUCCCAAAGCCGUUCAACAGAACCUCCCCAGACACCAAGUUCAUCUGCCAGAGUUCCAGCAUAGACUUCCUGGCCAGUCAGGGUUUUGACUUCAACAAAGUGUUCCGUCACGGGAUCCCGUACCUGAACCAGGAAGAGGAAGUGCAGCUGCGAGAGCAGUAUGAGGAGAGGCGGAGUCAGAGUAACGGAUCAGGAAACCCCUCCUACAUCUCCCCCAACUCAAACAAAGGCCCCGGUAGCAUCCCCGAGGAGCACAGGGAGUACAUCGGGCGGGUGGUAGAGAAGGUGGAAUCUCUGUUCACUACCUCAGAGAAGACUGUGGACCUGGAGCCCUGCACUGGGUUUCAGAGGAAGCUGAUCUACCAGACUCUCAACUCCAAGUUCCCAAAGGGUCUUCAUGUGGAGACCUUGGAGACAGAGAAGAAAGAGCGGUACAUCCAGAUCAGCAAGGUGGACGACGAGGAGAGGAAGAGGAGAGAACGGCAGAAACAGGAGAGAGAACAGGAGGAGCUGAAUGACGCUGUGGGAUUCUCCAGGGUCAUACACGCCAUCUCCAAAUCUGGAAAGUUGGUGGUUGGCCACAACAUGCUGCUAGACGUCAUGCACACCAUCCAUCAGUUCUACUGCGUACUGCCAGAGGACCUGAAUGACUUUAAAGAAGUCACUCAGUGUGUCUUCCCCAGGCUGUUGGACACCAAGCUCAUGGCCACUACGCAACCGUUCAAGGAGUUGAUCAACAUCACGUCUCUAGCAGAGCUGCAGAAACAGCUGAAAGAGAGCCCCUUCAAAUCUCCUAAAGUUGUGACGGCGGAGGGGUUCCCCAGCUACGAUACAGCCCAGGAACAGCUCCACGAGGCGGGCUACGAUGCCUUCAUCACUGGUCUCUGCUUCAUCUCCAUGGCCAACUACCUAGGUACUUUCCUGACUCCCCCCAGAGCCCACAUCCCAUCCCAAUCGAAACUCAUCCAACCCUUCGUCAACAAACUGUUCCUGAUGAGGAUCAUAGAUAUUCCCUACCUCAACAUCAGUGGACCAGACCUCCAGCCCAAGAGGGAUCAUGUUCUGUACGUUACCUUCCCUAAGGAGUGGAAGACCAGUGACCUCUACCAGCUGUUCAGUGCCUUUGGUAACAUCCAGGUGUCGUGGAUUGAUGACACGUCAGCGUUUGUAUCUCUGAGUCAGACGGACCAGGUACAGAUCGCGAUGAACACCAGUCGCUAUGCGGAGAGCUACCGUAUCCAGACGUAUGCAGAGUAUGUCCAGGGCAGGCAGCAGGUCAGGGAGAGCCAGGGCCAUUCUACCCAGUCCUGGGACGAGGACGGCUGGGUUAAACCGCACUACACCUCCCCCUCUACAGUUGGUGCUGGUCCUACUGGCUACAGCUACGGUCACAACAGGCCGUCGUUGGGGAAACGCUGCGUCAGUCCGAUCCAGGAGGAGCAGCCUACGGAGGGAGAGGCUCAGAGAUCACACGCUGACGGAUGGAGUGGCUACACGCACUCUCACACACACCCCGACACGGGCAGCAAGAAGAUCAGGACCGACGGGGUGUGUGUACGGACGUAUGCAGGAGUAGUGGACAGUAAGACGUCAGAAGGCUGGCUGAAAACUCAGUCUGAGUCUGAUUCGUCGAGCAUGAGUCCGAUCCAGGAAGAGGCGGGGUCGGAGGCGGGAGACGACGCUAGUGAUCCGGCGGCGGGCGAAUGGCAACAGCCUUCAACCAUUCAGAGCAAGAAGAGCCGCAAGAACAACAGGAUGAGGAAGACUGAUGGUGCAGAGACGACGUCUACUCUGUUCGACGUACCUCAGGUCUGGUAGCGAUGGAACCCGAGAUCCUGGCUCCUUACCACCUGGGUUCCUACUUCCUACCCCUGGCCACUUGACUCCUACCCCCUAGGACCGGGUUUGGAACGAGGCCUGAAGUUUCAACCAGCUGCACUUAUCUGACUGGCUGAGAGAAACGAAGCCAUAAAUCAUGAUGAUAGGAGUCCGCAGCAUGUGGUAUAGCAGGAUAUUCUUUAGGAAAGAAAAAAACGGUCCCAAAUGGCACCCUAAUCCGUAUAUAGUACACUACUUUUAACUACGGCCAAUAGAGCUCUGGUUCAAAGUAGUGCACUAUGGAUAUGUCCCAAAUGGCACCCUAAUCCGUAUAUAGUACACUACUUUUAACUACGGCCAAUAGAGCUCUGGUUCAAAGUAGUGCACUAUGGAUAUGUCCCAAAUGGCACCCUAAUCCGUAUAUAGUACACUACUUUUAACUACGGCCAAUAGAGCUCUGGUUCAAAGUAGUGCACUAUGGAUAUGUCCCAAAUGGCACCCUAAUCCGUAUAUAGUACACUACUUUUAACUACGGCCAAUAGAGCUCUGGUUCAAAGUAGUGCACUAUGGAUAUGUCCCAAAUGGCACCCUAAUCCGUAUAUAGUACACUACUUUUAACUACGGCCAAUAGAGCUCUGGUUCAAAGUAGUGCACUAUGGAUAUGUCCCAAAUGGCACCCUAAUCCGUAUAUAGUACACUACUUUUAACUACGGCCAAUAGAGCUCUGGUUCAAAGUAGUGCACUAUGGAUUGUUGUGUCCCAAUUAUUUUUCACUGCUUUUUUUGUUGUUGCUCGCACUGUUUUUCAUUUCUGAUUGAUUGAUAAAUCCCCUGUAUCGUGAUGGAUUAGGUAGUUACCACUCUGCAUGUUGUGGCGCUACUGACAGCUGUUCAGUACGGAGAGAGAGAGAGAGAGAGAGAGAGAGAACUCACACCCAGGCUCUACUCGCCUAACCCACCAGGCUCUGAAAUGGCAGCUUGAUCUCUGUUCCACUACUCUUAACCAGGGUCUAGAUCGCUCUGGUCAAAACUAGUGCUCUAUAUAGGGGGAUGGGGGCCAUUUGGUUCACAGCCUGAUCUCUGUUCCACUACUCUUAACCAGGGUCUAUAUCGCUCUGGUCAAAACUAGUGCUCUAUAUAGGGGGAUGGGGGCCAUUUGGUUCACAGCCUGAUCUCUGUUCCACUACUCUUAACCAGGGUCUAUAUCGCUCUGGUCAAAACUAGUGCUCUAUAUAGGGGGAUGGGGGCCAUUUGGUUCACAGCCUGAUCUCUGUUCCACUACUCUUAACCAGGGUCUAUAGCGCUCUGGUCAAAACUAGUGCUCUAUAUAGGGGGAUGGGGGCCAUUUGGUUCACAGCCUGAUCUCUGUUCCAUUACUCUUAACCAGGGUCUAUAGCGCUCUGGUCAAAACUAGUGCUCUAUAUAGGGGGAUGGGGGCCAUUUGGUUCACAGCCAGGGUCUGUGUUCCAUGAGUAUCAACGUUUAUAGAAUAUUCAUCUAGAAAUACACUAUCUAGAUUUGAUGCGUGUCUUUGUCCUAUAGAAGAGGGAAUCGUUUCAUGGUGUGGUGUGUGUAUUUUCUACGUUGUAUCAUCCUGAACACCAGGCCAGGCUCGUUGUUCCACGACCUCCUAGUUACUGUCACCGAGUCUGAAAUCUUUCCCCUCACUGUGUCUGUUACUGGUGCCAAACCGGUUUAGUUUUAACCGUAAAAAAAUGUUGCCUCCGUGACCCGUUCAUCGUGAACCAUCAUUAAGUGUCUCUUAAACCCCCCCCCCCCCCCCCCCCUCCCCAAUGCCACUGGACUGAUGCUAGUGUAACACUGUCCUGGUGCUGUAGCCCUCCCCUCCCCCCUCCCCAAUGCCACUGGACUGAUGCCAGUGUAACACUGUCCUGGUGCUGUAGUAGGAUUUUAAAUAUAGUUUAAAUAACUUCCUUUUUAAAAGAAAUAUGUAUAAAGGUAAAGCCCCUCCCCUCAUUUUAUAGAUCCUGCUAGAACCUUCUCUAAUGGUGUGUCCUAAAUGGCUCCCUGUAUAGUGCAGUGUCCUAAAUGGCUCCCUGUAUAGUGCAGUGUCCUAAAUGGCUCCCUGUAUAGUGCAGUGUCCUAAAUGGCUCCCUGUAUAGUGCAGUGUCCUAAAUGGCUCCCUGUAUAGUGCAGUGUCCUAAAUGGCUCCCUGUAUAGUGCAGUGUCCUAAAUGGCUCCCUGUGUAGUGCAGUGUACUAGGGAAUAGGGCCCUGUGUAGUGCAGUGUACUAGGGAAUAGGGCCCUGUGUAGUGCAGUGUACUAGGGAAUAGGGCCCUGUGUAGUGCAGUGUACCUGGGAAUAGGGCCCUGUGUAGUGCAGUGUACUAGAAAGGGAAUAGAGAGCCAUUUUGUGAAACAACAAGAGGUGUGGUUGGUCUUUUCCCUACAACAGACAGUCUAGUGGCAUUAUUAUUUUUGUAUGGACGACUUUUUUGUUGUGGCGUUUAAAUGUCUUUUAUUUUUGGGGUCUUUACUUUCCCCUCGUUGUAAACGUCCUCCCUUUGCAACUGUGUCAAAUAUUGUAUCAAUGCAAAACGUGUCAACGUUAAAGAAUACGCUGUUUUUGUAUGAAAAAUGUCGCAACAAAUAUUUCCUUAUGAACAGGAACAAUUAAAGAACGUUUCUUAGUAA